GCACUUGGCCUAUCGCCUAGCGUUUUGCCAAAAAGAAGAAUCGUUGUUGCGCUUCUUCAACAGUUCAAGUAAGUAAUUAGUUAGUUCUUGAUCAGGAGCGUUGUUGAUCCUUGCAGUGUCCGUUGUUCAGUAGUGCACUCGCAGUGCAGUGGGCACUCGAACUCGGCACAGACUGUGUGCAACUCUUGUACUUAUGACCUGAACUCGCAACCAACGUUACUUCGCAAGCCAGUGAGUUAGUACGGUGACAACAAAAACUGCAUGCAUGCAGUGACUGUGCUGUGCUGCUGCGCUGACAUUGAAGUAGAGGCCCUAUCAACAACGAGCAGCUAGCUAAGUGAACCCUAACCACAGCUCAUGCGAGCACCGUCCUACUGGAGCUUCAACAAUGAGCUUGCUUGUGGAAAGCGGCGAUUCACUCUACGGGUGUAUUGCUGUCUUACAUGGCCGUGACCUGCGUGUGUGCACGCGUCACGACGUAGAAGAUGCAGUCGAGGCACAGACGGGACUCUCCGCUCGUCUGCAGCGCCUCUUCUUGAACAACAAAAAGAUACUGGUUAGCAAGACGCUAGCAGAGCAAGGUCUGUCGCUAGGCAGCCGCCUGGAUCUUCACAUUGCUAUUAAGGGUGGAAUGCCACAUCCACAGGCCUCGCCAGUUCUGGAGGAGCAUUACGCUGACAGUGACGGAGAGAAGAGUAACGUCAUUGACAACGUAUCCGAGUGUGUGUUCACUGACCCGGUGUUCACGGCUCUCACUGGACACACGUACAGUCGCAGCACAUUAGUACAGAACAAUCUGGUGGAACCGCUCAGCGGAGAGAAACUCAAAGAGAAGCAGAUCAUUCCGAACAUCAACAAGGCCACUGAAGUUGACCAGUAUCUGGAUCGACGUCUCAAAGCCGAUAUCCGCGUGAUUCGUCGUACGGACUUCACACGAUCACCCCGGAAAGGCCUGGACAAGUUGCAUCAGCUUGUUGCCAUGAUUGUAGAUCGAACGGACCUCAGAGCCUGUUUGAAUGCUAAGCGGCUGCUCAGAGAGGUUCUGCUAAGUCGCACGGACGGCGAGAUGUUUGCGAUCACACAUGGUGGCGAUGAGAAGCAGUUUCAGGCCCUUCUCAAGUUGGCGAGGGUCGGUGCAGCGGAGAAGCUUGAAGCCAAGCUGCUCGAUGCCCGCCAGAGAUCAGAUCCUGCUUCAGGUCUAUCACCUGCCGGCAGCACUCCUCCUUCAUCCGCUUCAUAUAUGAAUCCUGGUCCUGUUGUGUCGGCAGGUGGCAAGCUAGUGCAGCACAUGGCUGAGGACUGCCCUAACAAGACAGUUGUCUGCCCUUACCAUCAGUACUCCUGUGCGUUUGAGGGUACUCGUGAGCAAGUGGAUAGACACUGUGAGAGCCAGAAGGAACAUCAUAUGCACCUGGUUUCCCAGCAGACCAAGUCACAAGAAGGUACAGGAGAUGCUGCUGCUGUGCCCAGUAUCAGUGAACUCGAAGCAGCAGAGCAGGAGGCAGCCCGGUUGGGCGGUACGACCGUCAUCCAGUUCCUGCACGUGGCAAUACUUGGUGCGGCGCGCGUUGGAAAGACCAGCUUGCUGAAGGCAUUGCUGGAGAAGAUGUACAAUGAAGAUGAACUCAGCACGCCCGGCAUGCGAACGUCCUACGCAAGUACAAACAUCUCUGCUGACUGCCGAUUCAUCGAAUGCUCAGACAUGCCAGAUGCCCUGAGCCGACUCUACGUCAGCACCAUGAUGUGCAAAUCAUCCACUUCGAAUCAUCCUCAAGAUAAGGAGACGACACAAGACGAGCAGGAAAGAGCCACAGCAGAAGAGGAUCCUGUGGCUGGGACAGCUAACAACAGACAUUCCCAGCCCACGGCCAUCCACCAGCAGCGCGACGAGCCAGCAAUGCGCGAGGAAAUCCACGAGACCAUCACAGGAUUUCUCAACGCAGACAGGGUAAAGUACAUCUCUGACCGGGCCAACACGCCCGACUAUACCGUCAUCACAUUCCGCGACCUUGGAGGUCAGCAGGUCUACCAAUCCGUGCAGCCCCUCUUCAUGGCCAAAAACACAACCUUCAUUGCCACAUACAACUCUUCUCUGGACCUUCUGGAGGCCCUUCCCAAGCUCGAUGAAUUGCAGGUCAGCCGGGAGGAGUGUAUCGAGCGGGCCACUCUACCGGCCGAUGCCACUCGCCUAGACCAACUGCUCGGCUGGCUCGACAUACUGCUGCUGAAUGCGAAAGCGGACAGCAACAGCACAGACCAGAGUGCUGCAGAUGAUGUGUUUGUUGUGGGAUGCCAGAGUGACAGGUGGAAUGAAACUGAUCUGCCUGAUCCUUGUAAGCUACUCCACGAGAGGAUCAAAGGUUCACCAUACCAAAACCUUGUUUGGAACGAAACGUCGCACUUCAAAAUCGAUAACACCAGAUCCACUGGCAGUGCAGCACAACCAGAUGAGCUACAGCGACUGAGAGAGGCCAUCAUCGACCGCUGCCGGAAGAGCCAACGUAGCAUCCCUGUUCCGUGGCUCCGAUUCUGCAUAACCAUACACUUGCUCAAGCAGGAGGCCUCGUGGCCUUGGAUUUCCUUCGAGGAGGCAAAAUUCAUAGCGAAGCAAGUCAAGGCCGUUCCAAGUGACUACAGUGACUGGCAAAUACAGCAGCUGCUUAAGUACUGCCACGAAGCAGGCCACCUGGUGUACCUCUCAACUUUCAAGCUGAAAGACACGAUCAUCCUCGACCCACAGUUCAUUCUGGACUGUGUCAAUGCCUUUGUCUACCUGAAGCCUGACCGACACAUCACAGCGGACGAAAUGCGGCGCUAUCAUUCUGGGUUCAUGACGGAGUCCCUGGCGCGCAAAGCUCUCAACAAGAUGUUCGAGGAUCCGUCUUACUUCGACCAUGCUAAGGCGUGGCAAGCAGUCAAAGCAAGCAGUGAUGGGUUCAAGCUCAUUUUCGAAAUCCUGGAGUGGCUCUCAGUGCUGGCAAUUGUGCAGGAUGAGAGCUCUGCCGAGCACGAGUUUAUUGUACCUGCAGUCGUCGAGGACAUGGACAUGCACCCACAGACGCCCUCCUGUUCCUGUGCGUACGUGUCUUUGAAGCACGCAAGCCACGAUGAAUGCAUGCGCUUCCCCGUAUUCCUUUAUUGGCAAUGUGUGGUGGAGGCGCUGCUGAAGUCGCGCAAGCGCUCGGCUGCCACGCUCUCACGGUGCAGCGUUCGCCUUCGCUGGAACAGCGAGUGGCCGUGGCUGAACCUGCACUAUACACGCUACGGCUUACAAGUGUACGUCGAGUGCAAGGGCCGAGACGGCGGCAGCGGAAAGUCUACGCUGGAGGAAGUCAAGGCAAUCGUGCUCACCGUGCUACGGAAGUGGAACCUGCAGGCCGAAGUGAUCAGCUCCCUGCCGUGCCCCUGUGGAGAAACAUCGGGGGUGGAGUGUUUGCAGCACGGCCUGUCUACGUGCUGCACGCCAAGCUGUGCGCAUGCCUUGGAUGCAUCCACCCUAGUGGCUGAAGACUACCCACUGUGUACACGUUCAAAGCCGGAUACACAGAUGAUCCGUGAGCAGGCCAAGUUCUGGCUGGGCCUUGAUCAGGAUGCACGUGGAAUGCUGUUUGACCCGAGAUCGGCCUCUCUUCCUUCCGCAGAAACCUGGACUUACGGCGUCAGUGGAAGUGGUGGUCACGGCGUCAGUGGAAGUGAUGGUUACGGCGUCAGUGGAAGUGGUGGGCAUGGCGUCAGUGGAAGUGGUCGUCACGGCGUCGGUGGAAGUGGUCGUCACGGCGUCAGUGGAAGUGGUCGUCACGGCGUCAGUGGAAGUGGUGGUUACGGCGUCAGUGGAAGUGGUGGUCAUGGCGUCAGUGGAAGUGGUCAUCACGGCGUCAGUGGAAGUGGUGGUCACGGCGUCAGUGGAAGUGGUGGUUACGGCGCCAGUGGAAGUGGUCGUCAUGGCGUCAGUGGAAGUGGUGGUCAGGGCGUCGGUGGAAGUGGCCGUCAUGGCGUCAGUGGAAGUGGUCGUCAUGGCGUCAGUGGAAGUGGUGGUUACGGCGUCAGUGGAAGUGGUCGUCAUGGCGUCAGUGGAAGUGGUGGUCACGGCGUCAGUGGAAGUGGUGGUUACGGCGUCAGUGGAUGUGGUAGUCAUGGCGUCAGUGGAAGUGGUGGUCACGGCGUCAGUGGAAGUGGUGGUCACGGCGUCAGUGGAAGUGGUGGUCACGGCAUCAGUGGAAGUGGUGGUCACGGCGUCAGUGGAAGUGGUGGUUACGGCGUCAGUGGAAGUGGUGGUCAUGGCGUCAGUGGAAGUGGUCAUCACGGCGUCAGUGGAAGUGGUGGUCACGGCGUCAGUGGAAGUGGUGGUUACGGCGCCAGUGGAAGUGGUCGUCAUGGUGUCAGUGGAAGUGGUGGUCACGGCGUCGGUGGAAGUGGCCGUCAUGGCGUCAGUGGAAGUGGUCGUCAUGGCGUCAGUGGAAGUGGUGGUUACGGCGUCAGUGGAAGUGGUCGUGAUGGCGUCAGUGGAAGUGGUGGUCACGGCGUCAGUGGAAGUGGUGGUUACGGCGUCAGUGGAAGUGGUAGUCAUGGCGUCAGUGGAAGUGGUGGUCACGGCGUCAGUGGAAGUGGUCGUCAUGGCGUCAGUGGAAGUGGUGGUCAUGGCGUCAGUGGAAGUGGCCGUCAUGGUGUCAGUGGAAGUGGUGGUUACGGCGUCAGUGGAAGUAAUGGUCACGGCAUCGGUGGAAGUGGUGGUCACGGCGUCAGUGGAAGUGGUGGUCACGGCGUCAGUGGAAGUGGUGGUCACGGUGUCAGUGGAGGUGGUGGUCACGGCGUCAGUGGAAGUGGUGGUCACGGUGUCAGUGGAAGUGGUGGUUACGGCGUCAGUGGAAGUGGUCAUCAUGGCGUCAGUGGAAGUGGUGGUCACGGCGUCGGUGGAAGUGGCCGUCAUGGCGUCAGUGGAAGUGGUGGUCAUGGCGUCAGUGGAAGUGGCCGUCAUGGCGCUGAUGGAAGCGGUGUUCACGACUCUGAUUUCAUGUCACUUGGUGCCAUUGGUGAAAAGACGAUCGAUCUAAUUGACGACUGGUCUGCGUUUGUUAGCUCGAUUGAACCGUUCAUCGGUGGAGAGGAGGAAGGUGAUGAGAGAGCAAAAUGCGGAAAAGCGGCUGUUGAGCUGGUGGAUCCCGCACACAAGAACCAGUACACGACUGUCCUGAGAUCGUUUCACGAGAUGAAGAAAGGAUACAUCAGAGGCACGGGCAAAGGAGAGAACAACCUCUUCUGCAUCCUGGUGUAUCUCAUGCAACGUCCGGCCACGACCGUCCAACAGCUGUUUAACCUGCUGGCUGCUAGUGCCAAGCAUAACCGCUGCCGUCUCUUCAGCACAAUCAAGAAUGCCAAGUACUUGAAAUGAUACGCCGUUGAGGAGAUGCAACCUGGUCCAGAUAUGGCAGGGGAAGGCCAAGCGUCUGCUCUCAGAUCCCCCGGCACCUCACUCAGUGCCUCGGCUGGGUCGGAUUUAGCUGCAAGCAGCCUGGCCUCCCUCCGGGUAGCUCAGAGUGGAGCUUGAUGUCUUCUUGUGACCAGAGCAAUCUUCACUAGGCAUCAUGGGUGCUGUGUGUUUCCACUGCGAGUGAGCCUGUGUUGCUGUGAUCUGCCGCCCAUGCUCUAUUCCUUGAUCAUGGAUUGACAGUCAUGUCAGGGCUGUUUUUAAUGGCGUUUGUUGAAGUUUUUUUUUUUAAGUACACUAGCCUGAGUUAGCCUUUACUGAAACUUGACUGACGAUAUAAUUAUUAGAUCACAAUGCCUCUGUGCAUUGAGCCAAUCCACAUUGAUUGAAUUCAUAGAAGCCCAGUCUAUAUUUCUGGAGAUUUGAUUUAUGUACUUGUAUUCGCAUUCAAGACUGAAGAUCUCACCAGAACUUAGUACUGUAGUAGAAGAUGGUUAAAGGGUAAGUAUACCCUAACAUCAAAUGUUCACCAGCUGUAGUCUUGGCGGG